CGCCCCGCCCGGCCAAUGGGCGCCGGCCACGCUCCGACCGCAGGAAACCGCACAUGGAAAGCCGCGAUUGGUGGCGGCGACCGCAGGCCCCGCCUUUCCAGGCUCCCCAUUGGCUGUAUAUUUGGCGUGGUGCGCAGCCAUUGGUGGGCGCAGCGCGGCGCCCCCCGCCCGGGGGUUGAUAAGGCGAAGGGGGAGGGCCGCGGCCGCUCCAGCGCCAUCGGCGGCGGCAGCAGCGCGGGUCGGGCUCGGAGCGGUGCCGGGAGCUCUUCGCUCGUCACCGCGGCCUCUUCGCUUGUCACCGCGGCCGCCAUGAGGUCCGUGUGGGGGCUCGCUCUGGCGUGCGCGCUGCUCCUGGCCGUGUCGGUCAGAGCCGAGGAGGUGGAUGUAGAUGGGACUGUGGAAGAUGACUUGGGCAAAAGCAGAGAAGGGUCUCGAACUGAUGAUGAAGUUGUGCAGAGAGAGGAAGAAGCUAUCCAAUUAGACGGCCUAAAUGCAUCCCAGAUCAAAGAAAUCAGAGAAAAAUCUGAGAAGUUUGCAUUUCAAGCAGAAGUGAACAGAAUGAUGAAGCUAAUUAUCAAUUCUUUAUAUAAAAAUAAAGAGAUUUUCCUGAGGGAGCUUAUUUCAAAUGCUUCGGAUGCCUUAGAUAAGAUACGGUUGAUAUCAUUAACUGAUGAAAAUGCUCUGGCUGGUAAUGAGGAACUUACAGUCAAAAUCAAGUGUGAUAAAGAGAAGAACAUGCUUCAUGUUACAGAUACGGGUAUUGGCAUGACAAAGGAGGAAUUAGUUAAAAACCUGGGUACCAUUGCAAAGUCUGGUACAAGUGAAUUCUUAAACAAGAUGACUGAAAUGCAGGAUGAUAGCCAGUCAACAUCCGAGUUAAUUGGCCAGUUUGGUGUUGGCUUUUAUUCUGCUUUCUUAGUAGCAGACAGAGUUAUUGUCACAUCAAAACACAACAAUGACACUCAACAUAUUUGGGAGUCAGAUUCAAAUGAAUUCUCUGUGAUUGAUGACCCCAGAGGGAACACUUUGGGACGUGGCACAACCAUAACCCUUGUCUUGAAGGAGGAAGCAUCUGAUUAUCUUGAGCUGGAUACUGUGAAAAAUCUUGUAAAGAAAUACUCUCAGUUCAUAAACUUCCCCAUCUACGUGUGGAGCAGCAAGACAGAGACGGUUGAAGAACCCAUUGAAGAGGAGGAAGCAAAGGAGAAAGAAGAAACAGAUGAUGAUGAAGCUGCAGUUGAAGAAGAGGAGGAAGAAAAGAAACCAAAAACUAAGAAGGUUGAAAAGACUGUCUGGGAUUGGGAGCUAAUGAAUGACAUAAAACCAAUCUGGCAGAGACCAUCUAAAGAAGUUGAAGAAGAUGAAUACAAAGCUUUUUACAAAACCUUUUCCAAGGAACAUGAUGACCCGAUGGCAUACAUCCACUUCACUGCUGAAGGGGAAGUAACUUUCAAAUCCAUCUUGUUUGUACCUAAUUCUGCUCCACGUGGACUGUUUGAUGAAUAUGGAUCCAAAAAAAGUGAUUUCAUUAAGCUGUAUGUUCGAAGAGUCUUCAUCACUGAUGACUUCCAUGACAUGAUGCCCAAAUAUCUUAACUUUGUUAAGGGUGUUGUGGAUUCUGAUGAUCUUCCUUUGAAUGUAUCCCGUGAAACACUUCAGCAGCAUAAAUUGUUAAAGGUGAUCAGAAAGAAACUUGUUCGCAAAACUCUCGAUAUGAUCAAGAAAAUUGCAGAGGAAAAAUACAAUGACACAUUCUGGAAAGAGUUUGGUACUAAUGUGAAGCUUGGUGUUAUUGAGGAUCACUCCAAUCGUACACGACUGGCUAAACUUCUUCGCUUCCAGUCCUCUCAUCAUGAGAGUAACCUCACAAGCCUUGAUCAGUAUGUGGAAAGAAUGAAAGAGAAACAAGAUAAAAUCUACUUCAUGGCAGGGGCCAGCAGAAAGGAGGCUGAGUCCUCACCAUUUGUUGAACGUCUGCUGAAAAAGGGCUAUGAAGUGAUCUAUCUGACUGAACCUGUAGAUGAGUACUGUAUUCAGGCUUUGCCAGAGUUUGAUGGCAAGAGGUUUCAGAAUGUAGCAAAAGAAGGAGUUAAGUUUGAAGAAAGUGAAAAGUCUAAGGAGAGUCGGGAAGCCUUGGAAAAGGAAUUCGAACCACUUCUAAACUGGAUGAAAGACAAAGCUCUAAAAGACAAGAUUGAAAAAGCUGUGCUGUCUCAGCGUUUAACCCAGUCUCCAUGUGCUCUUGUGGCUAGUCAGUAUGGAUGGUCUGGUAACAUGGAAAGAAUCAUGAAGGCUCAAGCUUACCAAACUGGGAAGGAUAUAUCCACAAAUUACUAUGCUAGCCAAAAGAAGACAUUUGAAAUUAACCCCAGACAUCCACUGAUCAAGGACAUGCUCAGGCGAGUCAAGGAAAAUGAAGAUGACAAAACUGUUUCAGAUCUUGCAGUGGUAUUGUUUGAAACUGCAACUUUGAGAUCAGGAUAUAUGUUGCCAGACACUAAGGAAUAUGGAGACCGAAUAGAAAGAAUGCUUCGUUUGAGUUUAAAUAUUGACCUGGAUGCAAAGGUGGAAGAGGAACCUGAAGAGCCUGAAGAUGCAGCUGAGGACGCAGAGCAAGAUGAAGAGGAAGUGGAUGCCGAUGCUGAAGACAGUGAAACACAGAAGGAAUCCACAGAUGUGAAAGAUGAACUGUAAACUACACUCAACUACUGUCCUGCAUUGGGGGGUUAAGAGGGAAUGUGAAUUAGAUUGUUUUGGUUUUUUCCACUGUAAAAUGUUGAGGGAUGGUAUGGGGUUUAAGGGUAAAGGAGGGUUUUUUUAAGUUCACUUUUCUAAAAACAUUCCUCAUGAAUGUAAAUUUGUAUUAUUUAACUGACUUGGUGUAAAAUCUUGUCAUGUACAAAAUAAAAUGUUCCCAAACACCA